CUUAUUUCUUUUGCCAGCAAUAGUUGUUUACUAUUUAGCCAGGGGUGGUUUUCUAGCUUUACGACUUUCGAAGUUCCUUUUAAAUUUUUUGACCCUCUAUAGUUGAAUCUGUUUCUACAGAAUCUUUUCCAAGAAGGGGAAGACAGAAGGGCAGCAAAGUGGUAAAUGCAUAUAAAACUCUAAAAUUCUUGAAAUGUGUAAGGAAUACAUAUUUAUAUGUAUACACAUCUAUAAUAUCCGUAUGUUUUAAAACAAGCAACUGCAAGAUUUUCUGAUGAAAGCGUGUUUUUGUGUCCACACUCUCAGCAGAUAUGAUGUUCCCUGUGGUUAUGACCUGCACUAAAGAUAAUGGGGGAGCUGUUACUUCCUCAGGACUGUCAGUUCCCCAUGCUGUCCGUGACUCGGGCAGGGGAGGGUACCCAGAGCUUCCACAACCAGACGCUCAGCGAAGCAAGGAAGACUUGACCUUUUCCUGGCAGCAGGAGCUGGAUGCACUUUUCUCUGCGUCUGAGCUACUGCCAAGCAAUCACACAUGUUAUUUAUGCGCUAGUUUGCCCAAGGUAAGUUGCUUGUUUGGGCCAGCACUGCAGACAGUAAGGCAAACAUGGGGAACACUUAAUCUGCAAAAACAGAACAAGAGGAUGGAGGAAGCAAAGAUUUUAUUUCUGAAGCUCUUCUGCGGGAAAAGGCAGAGAAGAGAAGGCAACUGUACAGAAGGAAACAAAACCAAGAACACUGACUGCAGCACAUUAACCAGUUCUUAUCGCAGGAAGGCCAAGUCCUGACUUCUUUGGAAAACACUCUUUUGCCAUGAUCUCUGCACAGCAGCCACCAUUCCCCAACAAAAUUCAAGAAGUAAUGGACUGCCAGACUGAGGAAGAAAACUGUGAAGAGCAGUAUGACUCCGAAAACUGCACUUGCAGCUCAAAGUGUGCAUCAUCAACAGCAGAAUCCAACUCAGAUUCACCAGUAAUUCUUAAAAUACUACAGAACUGGGUUCCUAGAGUUUCACACUACUUUGAUAAAGAGCACUACACGUAUGUUGGCCACCAGAUCGUCAUUCAGGAGUCCAUAGAACACUUUGGAGCCGUGGUAUGGCCGGGGGCACUGGCUUUAUCUCAAUAUCUGGAAUCAAAUCAAGAACAAUUCAACCUCAAAGACAAAAAAGUUUUGGAAAUUGGCGCUGGAACAGGCUUGGUUUCCAUUGUGGCCUGUAUCUUAGGAGCUUACGUUACAGCUACUGAUUUGCCUGAAGUUCUUGAAAAUCUCUCAUAUAAUAUUUCAAGAAAUACACAAAACAUGAAUAUGCACAAACCUGAAGUAAGAAAACUGGUAUGGGGAGAAGGCCUCAAUGAAGACUUUCCUGCAUCAACUUACCAUUAUGAUUUCCUACUGGCAAGUGAUGUUGUAUACCAUCAUACUGCUUUGGACCCCCUGCUAGCAACAAUGGUGUAUUUUUGUAAGCCAGGAACAGUAUUACUAUGGGCAAAUAAAUUCAGAUUCAGUACAGACUAUGAGUUUUUGGAAAAAAUUUGCAGUAUAUUUAACACAACCAUUCUAGCAGAAUUUCCAGAAUCAAAUGUCAAGCUCCUUAAAGCCACAGUAAGAGAGAAUUAAAGAGAAAAACUACUACUUUUUGAUUUAGUGGCAGCACCUUCCAGUUUGGAAUGCUUUGCAGCAUUACCAUGCACCUUCUGUGCAUUUAUGUUUGUAAAAGUUGCAGUUGUAUCCAAGUUUUUCAUUACAAGUUAUGAAAAAAUUGACAAGCUAUCAUACAGCAGUUUGUCCCUGGCUGACACACAUGACCUGUUCAAACAGACUAGUAUCACUCCGCUUAAGGAACAAUGUUAGUAGCAAUAGUUAGUAA